AUGACCAUGGAUAGUCUUCCGGCGCCAUUGUUGCGUCCUGCUGCGCGUGCAUCACAGCAUGGUCUUGAUGUUGUCACCGUCAGGGCGGGCACGGGAGAGACAACGCAGCUCUUCACGAUCCACAAGAACCUUCUUUGUCAAUCCUCUAGUUUCUUCAAAUCCACCUUCAAUGGCCGGUUCGCUGAGAGCGAAAGCAGCUACCUCGAACUGAAGGCAGUUGAUCCGCUGACCUUUGAGGUUCUGUAUCAGUGGCUCUAUACGGGGUCUAUGCGUGACAUCCCCGGCUUUGCUGCAGAGUCCAAUGUCGACAUUGGUCUUCUCUGGCUACGCGUUUUCACCAUGGCACAUGAAUAUAUGAUAGACCAAUUGCAGGAGAGCAGCUAUCAUUUCUUUCGCAGAGCCUUCCACGACUGUCAGCGCGUGGUGCCGUCUGUCCUCUGUGUGAGCGAGCUGUACCAAAGUGAGCUGCCCACCCAUCUGGUGGAUAUGCUGCAAUCAUAUCUGGUUCUGCACUGUGCAUAUUGGAUCAUGCACGAGUCGUGCAACUGCUGGGAGUGGGAGACUGUCUUGAAGCACCCUCACUUCGGCGCCGAUGUUGCAUGGGAGUUGACGAAGCGUGGCUCCAAGGACUAUGUUGGAGUACAAUCUCAUCCUUGGUACAACGUCAAGUUUGCGAAUCACAAUGGCCGUGUCUUCCUCAAGAAAGAUAUGGAUGAUGAACCUGGUCUCCGGGAACCAGAAUCUUCAGAUGGCGAAGACUUUUCGGAAUUGUACAGCCCUGCUAGUCAAGUUGGAGAAGAUAAUGAGAACGGCGCUGAAGCUGCAUCUGACGACUGA